AUGGCCAAACAGCAUUCUGAGAUAAAACUAGAGGCUGAGAUUUUUUUUUCUGGGAUCCUUAAUCAAGUUCCGGAGAGCUAUCUGGGUGUGUCUGUGGAGGAGUUAAGGAACCUGCUGGAUUUUGAAUGCUCCUUGGAGGACUGCAAAGGGUUGGAGGUUGUUGUUUCUGCUGAGGAGAUUAAGAAUGUGCCUGUUGUUGUUGAAGAAGAAAUACAUAAUGAAGAAGAGAUACAUAAUGGAGAAGAUAUACAGAAUGAAGAAGAAACUGAUGGUGGAAACCGUGUGAAUGAAGAAGCAGUUGCAGAGUCGGAUUCUUCUUCAUCUGUUGAGGGAGAUGACUGUGAGGAGAAUGAGUUAUUCGAAGUAGAGGUUGGAGAGGCUAACUUGUCUUCUGAUCACUUUGAAGCUGCAGCACAAGAAGAUGGAGAUGACUUGUAUGAUGCUAACGAUGACAGUGGUGAUGAUAUUUGGGACGAAGAUCACAUUCCGGAUCCUUUAUUCAAUGAUGAUCGUGAUGUGGAAGAAGAAUGUAGGAAAUUCAACUACGGGCCUGAUGACAUUGUUGCGCUACGAAAGACUUUUAACACUGCUAAGGAGUUCAAGUAUGCUGUUCUCAAGUACUCUUUGAAGACACAAUAA